GGGCUGGAGGGCGGCGGGAAGGAGGAGGGCGGCAAGCGGAGCCCGCCGGGACUGGGGCUGCUGGCGAAGACCCCCCUGAGCCGCCCGGUGAAGCGCAACCACGCCAGGUACCGCCGCAUCCAAACUUUGAUCUACGACGCCCUGGAACGACCCCGCGGCUGGGCGCUGCUCUAUCACGCCUUCGUGUUUCUGAUUGUCCUGGGGUGUUUGAUCUUAGCUGUCCUGACAACUUUCAAGGAGUAUGAAACAGUUUCUGGAGACUGGCUCCUCUUGCUGGAAACUUUUGCCAUUUUCAUCUUUGGAGCAGAGUUUGCCUUAAGAAUCUGGGCUGCUGGCUGUUGCUGUCGCUACAAAGGAUGGAGGGGGAGACUCAAAUUUGCCAGGAAGCCUUUGUGCAUGCUGGAUAUCUUUGUGCUGAUUGCUUCAGUGCCAGUGGUUGCUGUUGGGAACCAGGGCAAUGUUCUGGCCACGUCUCUGAGAAGCCUCCGCUUCCUCCAGAUCCUGCGGAUGCUGCGCAUGGACCGGCGGGGCGGCACCUGGAAACUUUUGGGAUCUGCUAUUUGUGCCCAUAGCAAAGAACUCAUCACUGCUUGGUACAUUGGGUUCCUGACACUCAUCUUAUCCUCAUUUCUUGUUUAUCUGGUUGAAAAAGAUGUUCCUGAGAAAGAUGCUAAUGGGGUGGAGAUGAAAGAGGAGUUUGAAACCUAUGCAGAUGCACUGUGGUGGGGGCUGAUCACCCUUGCUACGAUUGGAUACGGCGACAAGACCCCCAAAACAUGGGAGGGACGGCUGAUUGCAGCCACGUUCUCUCUCAUUGGAGUGUCUUUCUUUGCUCUUCCUGCAGGCAUUUUGGGGUCAGGGCUGGCACUGAAGGUCCAGGAGCAGCAUCGUCAAAAACAUUUUGAGAAAAGAAGAAAACCAGCAGCUGAGCUCAUUCAGGCUGCCUGGAGAUACUAUGCUACUAACCCCAACAGGAUUGAUUUAGUUGCUACCUGGAGGUUUUAUGAAUCAAUUGUAUCAUUUCCAUUUUUCAGGAAAGAGCAGUUGGAUGGUACUGCCAGUAAUGUCAUGUUUAGUAGGGAGUCAUUCUUUGGAUCAAGCCUCACAAGAAAACUUAGCCAAAAGCUGGGUCUCUUGGAUCGGGUUCGUGGUACCAAUACUAAAGGAAAGCUAUUUACCCCUCUGAAUGUAGAUGCCAUUGAAGAAAGUCCUUCAAAAGAGCCUAAGAAUGUUGUCUUGAAUAACAAGGAGCGUUUUCGCACUGCGUUCCGAAUGAAAGCGUACGCUUUUUGGCAAAGCUCAGAAGAUGCAGGAACAGGGGAACCCAUGGCAGAAGACAGAGGUGACAGUAGUGAUUUCCCUAUGGAAGAUAUGAUCCCCACAUUCAAGACAGCCAUCCGAGCUGUCAGAAUACUACAGUUUCGUCUCUAUAAAAAAAAAUUCAAGGAGACUUUGAGGCCUUAUGAUGUAAAGGAUGUGAUAGAGCAAUACUCAGCAGGGCAUCUUGAUAUGCUUUCCAGAAUAAAAUACCUUCAGGCAAGAGUAGAUAUGAUUUUUACACCUGGACCUCCAUCUACUCCCAAGCAUAAGAAAUCCCAAAAGGGAGGAGCUUUUUCUUACCCUUCACAACAGUCUCCCAGAAAUGAACCAUAUGUAGCCAAAGCAUCUACAGCUGAUACUGAAGACCAAAGUAUGAUGGGAAAAUUUGUUAAAGUUGAGAGGCAGGUAAAUGACAUGGGGAAGAAACUGGAUUUUCUUGUUGAUAUGCAUAUGCAUCACAUGGAACAGCUGCAGAUACAAGUUGCUGAGAUAAGUCCAUUGAAAGAAACCGCUUCUCCUGCAAGGGAGAAGAGAGAAGAAAACAAAUAUUCUGAAUUAAAAACAAUAAUAUACAAAUACACUGAGCAAUGCUCUCGUGAAACUCCUUACAACUUCCAGCAGGUUCCAGUCAACAAAGUCAGCCCCUAUGGCUUCUCAGCACGGGGUCACUCACAACCUUUGCCCACAGGCGGGCAAAACUCUGGCAAGCUGCAAGGCGCGCCUUGCUCGACUUCCUACGCGGAGCGGCCGACAGUUCUGCCCAUAUUCGCACUGAUGGACGCGCAGGGCAGCCGGCACGGCCGCGGGGAGCUGCCGAGCCCGCACUCGGACAGGGUGUCCCCCCGGCACCGGAGGAGCCUGACGAGGGACAGCGACACGCCGCUGUCGCUGCUCUCCGUCAACCACGAGGAGCUGGAGCGCUCCCCGAGCGGCUUCAGCAUCUCCCAGGAGCGGGACGAUUUCCCCUUCGGGCCCGGCGGGGGCUCGGCCUGGAUGAGGGAGAAGCGCUACCUGGCCGAGGGGGAGACGGACACGGACACGGACCCCUUCACCCCCAGCGGCUCCAUGCCCCUGUCCUCCACGGGAGACGGCAUUUCCGACUCCGUAUGGACCCCGGCCAGCAGGCCAGGCUGAGCGGGGCAGGCGCUGCCUGGCUCCCUGUAAUGUAAGCAUACUUUGUAUAUCUCACUUACUUACACCCAAAGCUUACUAGUUCCAAACACCAAUGGCUGCAUAAGAUGCAUGUGGUAUUAGUGGUAGUCAUUCUGCACCAUUCCAUACAAUUUACUGAUGCAGUUUUUUUCAUGCUGCCAAAACUAAGGAGCUUAGUUUUGAGCAUGGUUUGCAUGACUUUGCCCUAUAUAAAUGGUACAGCUGAUUUCUUCCAUGAUACAUAUCUGGUACUCUUCGAUACAAAAAUGGUGAAUUGGUAACAGACGAGAUACAGUGGUCCUUGCUAUGUUUUGUAAACAGAGCAGCAAAAUAAAAAGAUUUUCAGGAACAAUAUCCCUUUGUGGAAACAUGAUGUCUGAAUCAUUUUCCAAUAUAAGGAAAUCAAUCUCUAAUCAACCAAGCCAAGAAUUUCCAAUAUCGAAAGCAGGGAAAAACCUGAGCUAAAGUAUGACCUUAUUGAAAUGUCUUUGUGAACUAAAUGUUUCUCUUGUGAUCUCUUAUAUAAUUACCCCUGAAAUACGAUGUUGGAAUGAAAUUAAGGGUAGGAUUUUAAAUCAAAACCAGCUCCUGGGAUUGAUCAUAGGCAUUUAUUUAUUGUAAAAUGUAAAUAGAAAUCCCUCAAACUAUUUUGAAAAUCUUCACUUUAUAAAAUUGCUCUAAGUAGGAUUAUAAUGCUUUUUUUUAGAAAAUCUUUUGCUAAGUCUCUUUGCUACUUAUGGGGCUAAAUUUUCUUUGUUACAAAAAUAAGGUUGUUCAGCGUAGGGAGCUCCAGGUUUACACGCUCCACUCUUCUAUUGACUUAGGUGCUGCUAAGUAAGAUGCAUAAUGUAACUCAGCCUCAGCUUCCCAAUCUGUUAAUUGGGAGAUGCACUUCCACACAUGCUCACAGGUUGAAAGGCUCAAUUCUCUAAUAUCUGCCAAGUGCUUUGUGCUCCUCAGAUGUGCAGAAAGUUGCUGAUCUCUUCCCUGCAAGACCUACAGUGUGAGAUGCUGCCAGGAUCUGUUUCUCUCUGUUUGCCUUUCUCUUGGAAAUUGAAUGCUUCAAAUCCAUGCAUGUAUGCUAUAUUUAAGGUUAAUAUAUGAAUAAAUAAUCACCAUUUUUGUCAUGUGUCCCUGAGCAACAGAGAGAUAAGUAUGCUCCCUAAGCCUCAGCCAAAUAUUUUUUUAAUGGAAGUUGGAAAUUAUUGAGAAGGAGAAAAUCACUGGACCAUUGGAAAGAAAUAAAUCAAAGAUCUCACCACUACAGUGGGAAUGUAGUACCUAUGAAGCUAGUGAAACUAGCAUACCCAAAUAUCCUGUACAGGUCUUAGCUGGUGUCAGUCAACGUGCCCAUGAAAUAGCAUCCAUGUGAUGUCCAGCUUGAUGGCUGUACACUCUCCACAGCUGGUGGGAAAUGAAGGAGCACAGCCAGUGAGCACAGGGGACAGGAGCCAAGGCACACAUCAACUUCAGGAUGAGCUAAAUCUCACUUUAACUCAGUUAUCCACAAUGACAAAAUGUCUACUAACUUCAAAGAGAGCAGGAGGUGACUUAGAUGUCAGAUGAUCAGAGACCACUCUCACCUCUCCCCACUGAUCCAGUGUGCAGCCUCUCUGCCAUGGCUCAUCCCCACCUCAUGUCCAGAACAACCCUGUCACUCCACACACCUUCCCCUCUGUGGCCAGGUCACUGACCAAAAAGAUGUAAGGAUUUGGCCCAAAUAAGAAUUUAGAAAAGGGAAUUUCUGUGGAGACUGCUUGUGUUACACUGCAUCUGCACAACUGAGGAUCCUUGGCACUCCAGCCAGAGCCAAGAACACUUCACUGGGCUUCCCAGGAUCUACCCAGGGCUUACUGGGUAUUGCACAGCCCUGCAUAGAAAGUGCUCCAAUGGACAGUAUUUUGUUGGUUUUUUUCAACCACAGUAAACUUUUGUUUUAAUUCCUCAGUAUUGUUGACAUAACA